AUGUUAUUGAGAGCGACCUUUGCGUUUGCGCUUCAUGCGUUGCACCUCGUAACCGCGAAUCCAUUGAAGAGGCAAAGCAGUCCAAAAGCUGUCUACGCCCAUUUCAUGGUUGGGAUCGUUGAGAACUUCAGUGUCGCAGACUGGGUGGGCGAAAUGCAAACAGCAAAAGCCAUCGGCAUCGAUGGUUUCGCGCUCAACUGCGCCCCUCCUCGUGUGGACAGCUACACACCUAAGCAACUUGCCAACGCCUAUGCUGCCGCUACCCAAGUUGGCGGCUUUACUGUCUUCCCAUCACUCGAUUUUGCGUACUGGAAUAAUGGUGACACUGGGACAAUCAUCCAACUUUUGCAAAAUUACUCGAGUCUCCCCUCCCAGGCAAGGUACAACGGCCGACCCAUCAUAAGCACGUUCGUUGGAGAGUACUUUGACUGGGCGGCAGUCAAGCCCACAGUCAACGUUUUCGCGAUCCCCAACUUGGAAGACCCCGCACAAGUCAAUUCGCUCAGCACGAGCUUUGACGGCGCAUUCAGUUGGUAUGCCUGGCCGACCGAUGGCGGCAAUAGCAUCAAGGUCGGACCGAUGGAUACCACAUGGGAUGACAAGUUUGUUACAAACUUGAGGAAUGCCGGGAAAGGCCAAAUAUACAUGAUGCCUGUCUCUCCCUGGUUCUCGACUCAUUUCAACAGCAAAAACUGGGUAUUUAUUGCCGAGCAACUUAUUACCGACCGCUGGCCUCAAGUCCUCUCAAUCAAGCCAGAGCUCGUGGAGCUUGUUACUUGGAAUGACUUUGGCGAAAGCCACUACAUCUCUGACUCUGAGCCAACACAUUCUGACGAUGGUUCUUCCGUCUGGGCCAAUGGAUACCCUCACGCUGGAUGGCGAAUUAUCACCCAAGCCUAUAUCGCCGCUUACAAAUCUGGUGCCUCUGCCCCUGUCGUCAACUCUGAUCAAUUGGUGUACUGGUACCGUGCCUUCCCCAAGAAUACCGUUUGUACAGGCGACACCCUUGGACCACCCAACGGAAUCAAUCUUCUCCAAGACUUAAUUUUCGUCACUACUCUGGUUACAUCCCCUGCGACCCUUACCGUCACCUCUGGCUCGUUUGCACCUGUAACGAUAAACGUUCCUGCGGGAGUGACGACGCAUAACUUUACUAUGGGAAUCGGCUCCCAAACCUUCGUUCUUUCCCGUAACGGUGUCCAACUCGCAGGAGGAGUCGGCGGCAUGCGUACCUCAAACACCUGCACAAUCUACAACUUUAACGCAUAUGUUGGCUCAUUUGGAACCGGGAGCACGAUUUCGACAAGCGCCACCGCUUCUUCCUCUACCCGUGUCAGCUCGAGCACAGUUGUCUCCUCGUCAACACGAGCCUCGUCGUCUGUAUCAUCUGCCUCUUCCAGCCGCAUCACUUCCCCGCCAGUCAGUUCAAGCUCGAGAACCAGCGCCAGUGCAAGCUCAAGCCAGACAUGCGGCACCGGAUGCACCAUCACCGCUUCGUCUCAAAUCUUCCCAACCAAUUGCCUGCAACCUGGGUGUGUCUGGCAAGGACCCGCUGGCCAAGGGACACCCGACCAUUGCGAUACUGGGGGGAAGCCGUCAUGUACUGCCUGA